AUGGGAGGAGGCGGAAAGAUCCCUUACCCCAAAGAGGUGUGGUCGCCAGCUGGUGGUUGGUACGCUCAACCAGGCAACUGGAAAGCCAACACUGCAGUCAUGGGCCUAGCCAUCGUCGGAAUUGUCGCAGCAACAUGGAGCCUUAGUGCCGAACGCGAAUACCGUGACAAAAUGCCUGAGCCAGGCCGAUUCUUCCCAAGCCGAAAUUGGAGCAAACAGAUCAUUGAGCACGACCGACAGAAUGCUACGAAAAACGAAUCAUAA